AGACGAUCCUCCGAUUCCUUUCUCAGUUUAGCGCUGGAAUUUUUACAGGAGGGACGCCUCAACUUUGUGAAGUGACAGUUGAUUUGAACUAUUACUUCUCAGUCAGUCAAAAGUUAAAGAUCAGGAUGAGGACCUUGGUUCUUUUGGUUCUUCUGGAAAUACACGGCGCUGCGGCUGUGACCCACAGUCUGCAGUACUUCUACACAGCAUCCACUGGCAUUGAACGGUUCCCCAGAUUCGUUGCAGUGGGUGUUGUGGAUGGAGAGCAAAUUGAUUACUAUGACAGCGUUUCAGAGAAGAAUGUCCUGAAGCAGACCUGGAUGGAAGGAGUUAGAGAUGAGAGCAGCAUCACAAAUAUCAGACGAGGAACUCAACAGAACUUUCAAGGCAAUAUUGGAAUAGCAAUGGAGCGGUUCAACCAAACCACUG